CGGAAGAGGCGAUCCUGGCCCCAACCUACUCAUUAGUGCAUCAGUAUUCAGCAGGGACCUGCCCAAACCAAACACACUCAGCUCCAUUCACUCUGCAUGGCACCAUGACCGAAGCGGACUUAUACAUUCUCUACAAAGGUGUUUAUGUACCCAAGGCGGUACACACACCGGAGAGCCUCGAAUACUACGAGGAGUUUACGUUUCGCCCUGACGACGUUAUCAUCGUGACCUAUCCAAAGUCAGGAACAACUUGGAUGCAGGAAAUUCUUCCCCUGACCAUAAGUGGCGGGGAUACCUCCUCUGUUGAGACUCUGCCCAACUGGGACCGUGUUCCCUGGCUGGAGGAGACCCGGGCCUCCAAUCUAAACCUGGAGGAGAGGACGUCUCCCCGCAUGCUCACAACGCACCUCCACUACAGCAUGAUGCCGCCGUCGUUUUUUCAAGUAAAACCAAAGGUGAUCUACGUCAUGAGGAACCCCAAAGAUGUGUUUACCUCUUCCUAUCACUAUUACAACAUCACCUCUUUCUUGGUGAAACCAGGUCCUAAGAGCGAGUUUCUCCAAAAGUUUCUUGAUGGAAAAGUUAUAUUUGGUUCCUGGUUUGAUCAUGUUAAAGGCUGGCUGAACGCUGAAGAGAAGCAGCAUAUCAUGUACAUCUCCUACGAGGAGAUGAUAAAGCAGGACCUGAAUGACUCUGUGAGCCGAAUCGCACGGUUCCUGGGAAAAAAUUUGAAUCCUGAAGUAAUUAAGAAGAUAGCUGACAAGUGUUUAUUUGAAAACAUGAAAAACAACCCCAUGUCCAACUACUCAGUGGUGCCUCAGGAGUUCAUGGACCAAACAAAGUGCCAGUUCCUUCGUAAAGGGGUUGUUGGAGACUGGAAGAAUCUGCUCACUCCAGAAGAGGCAAAGCAUUUUGAUGCAGUAUUCAAAGAAAAAAUGAAAGACGUGAAAUAUAAAUUUGCUUGGGAUUAAAUGCUGAUGAUGCAAGUUAUUUUUAGCUUUGCAUACAACUUAUGAUCUUCUUAGAGCAAUAACUAAAAUAUACCAUGAAAAAACCCCAAAGACUAAAAUUCAGACCUCCUUUUUUGACUUUGUUCAGUUACAAACAAAAUACAGAACCUCAGUGCUUUGAUCCAUUAAGUCUUUUUACUUGAAUCUAGGAAAAAAAAACUUUUACCUCAACCGUGUUUAGUUAAAACAAAUAUUCCAAAUAUCUACCUUUUGUCUCGAGUGACGAGACUGAAAUAAAUCAAUGUAAGCUAUUACAAUACAUUCUUCGCUUUAGAUACAUUCUAACCUUAUGAAAGCUGUUCUACCAUAAACUGUCUGUAGUUUAUAUUAUGACUUUCUAAUUAAAUGUAAAUGAUUAUUUAACUAAUAUAACUGUUUAUAGCACAUUUUCAACAGUUUAUAGGUUCAGUAGCCAUAUUGGUUGUUGGUUUGACUUUCCAGCUGGUUAUUCCAGUGUGUUUUCCACUUGUUUAUGCUACUUGUAACUCACAUAAUCUAAGUUUGGGGCACAAAUGGACACAUUAAGCCGGACAUACACAGUUGCACAGUUGCAUGCAGCUACAGCUCACACUGUACGACAAAGCUGCAGGGUUUUGUCGUAAAGUGUGAGUUCACAGCUCACUAUCCAUGUUCUCACACUGUGCGACCCGACGCUUUGAUGCAAUGUAUCUGCUCACGUUGUACGUCUAAAAACCACGUCGGACUCCAACGCAGUGAGAUGGCGCUACUCUGACUCGUCUAUCUAGAAGCCAAACAAGCAGAAGAGGAAUAUGAAGUUCACUAGAGUGAAACGCACUGCCUUGGCGAUUGUGUGCUGAAAGCCCUAAACAAAAAGGCGACAACAUUUUUUGACAAAAACAUGGCGGAGCAAACGUAGCUACUACGCUCUGUCAAUUUUACUGAAAGAGCUCCAUUUUAAUUACACCCCAUCCAUUGUUUAUAUUAAU